AUGACUGCCGGAAACGAGGAACACGAGCCUCUGAUUUCUUCGUCUGUGGAUAAUCAACGUGUAACAUAUAACAAUUCUCCACAGGGCAGCACACACAGCGACAGUCCCCGCACCAGUGGUGGUGAAGUAACCUUAGCAAUCCCACCUUCACGUGGCUAUGGAGCCAUCGGAGGAGUCGAGAAAGUCACAUACACCUGGGCAGACGUCAACGCGUUCGCAACAGAAGACAGGUCCCGAAACAGGAAGUUCUGGCACUUCUGGCGAAGUUCCUCAGAUCGCAUGUUCCAGCAGAGGAAGCAGUUGCUUAAAAACAUAAAUGGAGCUGCGUAUCCUGGCGAACUUCUGGCGCUCAUGGGAUCUUCCGGUGCCGGAAAGACCACCCUUCUGAACACGUUAACGUUCAGAACACCAAGUGGUGUGGUGUCAUGUGGCACCAGAGCCCUAAAUGGCCAGCCUGCGACUCCUGAAAUGAUGGCAGCGCUGUCAGCGUACGUCCAACAGCAGGAUCUGUUCAUUGGCACCCUGACAGUACGGGAGCAUUUAAUUUUCCAGGCGUUAGUGCGUAUGGAUCGACACAUUCCGUAUAAACAGAGAAUGCAACGUGUCCAGGAGGUCAUCUCUGAACUGGCGCUAUCCAAAUGCCAAAACACAGUGAUCGGGAUUCCCGGUCGAUUGAAGGGCAUUUCUGGAGGGGAGAUGAAGAGGUUGUCCUUUGCGAGCGAGGUCCUCACAGACCCUCCCCUUAUGUUCUGCGACGAACCUACCUCUGGCUUGGACUCAUUUAUGGCACAGAAUGUUAUCCAGGUACUAAGUGGAUUAGCUAAAAAAGGUAAAACCGUUGUAUGCACUAUACACCAGCCUUCGUCUGAGCUAUACGCUAUGUUCGACAAGCUACUAAUAAUGGCCGACGGCCGAGUCGCUUUCCUCGGUUCACCAGACCAGGCUACGGACUUCUUCAGAGAGCUCGGAGCAGCAUGUCCCGCGAAUUACAAUCCCGCAGACCACUAUAUCCAACUCCUGGCCGGUAUACCUGGUCGGGAGGAAACUACUCGACAUACUAUUGAUACUGUCUGCACUGCUUUCGCCAAAUCCGAAUUAGGGUGCAAGAUUGCUGCUGAGGCUGAAAACGCCUUGUAUCAUGAGCGUAAGAUAUCUACCGGUUGGGCAGAUUCGGCCUGGUCCCAUGCCGUCGCGAUGCGGUCUCGUCGUUCCCCAUACAAAGCGUCUUGGUGUGCCCAGUUCAGAGCAGUGCUUUGGAGAUCUUGGCUUUCUGUUACUAAAGAACCUAUGCUAAUCAAAGUCCGCUUUUUGCAAACUAUUAUGGUAUCAAUUCUUAUUGGUGUGAUUUACUUUGGCCAACGCUUGGAUCAAGAUGGCGUGAUGAAUAUCAACGGAGCAAUCUUCAUGUUCCUUACUAACAUGACGUUCCAGAACAUUUUUGCUGUUAUCAAUGUAUUCUGCUCAGAACUACCAAUCUUCAUUCGAGAGCACCACUCUGGGAUGUACCGCGCGGAUGUGUAUUUCCUCUCGAAGACCCUGGCCGAGGCGCCAGUGUUCGCGACCAUACCUCUGGUGUUCACAACCGUUGCUUACUACAUGAUAGGCCUUAACCCUGCCCCGGAGAGAUUCUUCAUUGCGUCGGGCUUGGCUGCUCUUAUUACCAAUGUUGCUACUUCGUUUGGUUACCUGAUAUCAUGUGCAAGCAGCAGCGUCAGCAUGGCUGCGUCUGUGGGGCCGCCAAUCAUCAUACCAUUCAUGCUGUUUGGAGGAUUCUUCCUUAACUCGGGAUCUGUGCCACCCUACCUGGGCUGGAUAUCGUACCUUUCGUGGUUCCGGUACGGCAAUGAAGCUUUGCUGAUCAACCAGUGGUCGGGCGUUGAGAGCAUCGCAUGUACCCGGGAGAACUUCACCUGUCCAGCUAAUGGAGAAGUGGUUUUAACCACGCUUAGCUUUUCAGAGAAAGACUUCACGAUGGACGUAGUGAAUAUGGUGCUGCUGUUCAUCGGGUUCCGUUUGCUCGCCUACUUCGCCCUGCUGUGGCGUACGCGCCGCGGGAAGUAGUCCCACGAGCACAAACAACCGUCCAACUAGCAGCAAGAGUUUACACCGAAAAAACACGAAUGAAGGAUGAAUCAUUAAAGUAGGAAAAAAAUCAGUUCCCACCCUAUUUUUGAAGCUAACAAAUAAGUAAAUAAUUAUGCGUUACCUCCUUAAGUACGAAAUUACGUGAUAAGACAGUUUGAUAAUAUCAUAGGAUUUCAAAAAAAUCUUGCCAUAUGCCAUCGCCAUUUUAUAUACCUGUCUAAUCGCUUAACCUUUUUCAUGGCUUUUACUAAAUUGCGUAGCUAAUGCUGAAAACGUACUGGUAAUCGAACAAGAUUGUUUAAACAUUGUCACGUGACAAGAGUUUUUGUGAACAAAAAACUACUAACCUUCAAAAUGUAUAACCUUUUUUGAAUCAUUGAAGCUUUGGAACCAUUUGGAAGGCUGAAUAGUUUUUGGGUGUGUGUGUGUGAGAAAGUUAGUAUUUGGUAAAACUCGCGAUCGGCUCUUUACGGUAUUCAAGAUUCGCAGAAAUAUCAACGAAGAUAUACUUAAAUAAAGAAAUAAACACUUUAAAAUAAAAUGGAACUAUUGUAAAAUAAUUUCUUAAAAAAAUAUAUUUUUAAUAACUAGAAGUUUGAUAAUGAAAUAUUAAGCUGUGAAACACACUUGGCACCCUCUUGUGCGACAAGUUAUAAAAAAUCAUAUUUUUUAUAUUGGAACGAACCCAAUACUACUGUAUAUUUGAUUUGAAUCAACAAGUAUGGCGUGUUCUCCCCAAGUUUGUGUUUUAAACUCUCGCAAUAAGUAUUUUGAGUAUCGUUAUAUUUUAACAAUAAAGUAAAAAUUACACGAUGGCAUUAGAAGAGUAGAUAAUUCCUACCGAAAUUAACACGA